AUGUCCGCCCUACUUCUUGAUCAGCUGAAUGAAAGAGACGAGUUAGUGAAUGCCAUUCAGCUCAAAAAUAGGUUUAUUUCGUUCGUGCACCGCGUGGAAGAAGUUUCCAAAUCGAGCAGGGAAGGGCGUAUGAAUACGAUUCGCGGCAUUCUCAAAUCUCUUCACGUGCCUGUCCCAACGACACUUUCACCGCACCCGUCUACUCUCGUCAUCCCCUACAUUCCAGAAAAUGGAAUACCAUCAGACGAGCAGCUCGAGGCUCUCUGCAGAUGCUUGGAGGCGAUGGCUUCAAAUUCGCGAGUAGCUCCAACACUCCUGGCCAAGUACAUCUGCUCUGUCUAUCUCGAGUAA